CGUUCCAGGCGUCUUCUUUAAUAAUUCACUCAUGUGUAAUUAGUAUUGAUUCAUAAAAAUGCAAACGUUGCAUUUAACACCAUAUAUAACGAGCUCAGAUGAUCCCGAAUAAAUCAGUCUUGAAGUACAUUCAGACCCUCUUUGAUUUCGCCGAGCCCCUUCGGGAUACCUCGAACCGAAGUCCACCGGAUUGCAGAGGUUCGCAAGAUUAAAAACGCGUGAGUGCUUAUAGACAAAAAGUGCAUCAAUAAAGAAAAGUGCAAACAGUGAAGACAUGGAUACACUGUAUAUAACCGGUGAUUGCUGGUCUAACCGAAAAAUACGUGUGCCCGAACAGUAAAGUGCAAAGGGUAAACGAACCGAGAGAAGGAAAAAAACUACAAUACGCGAAUCCCACUCGCCAAGAAAAAUAUUUAUGUGGAGCAAAGGCAGUGUUUACGGCAGCAGAAAAUUUUAGUGAAAUAAUGUCGCUUUAUGAGAUUGGAAUUACGUUGUGAACAGUUGUAAUAAAAUGUGUGAUAAUGAAGAGUGUUAUAUCGAAAAUCGGAGAAUAAUAAAGAAAACUCCGCCGCGUAUGACGGAGGCACAGAAGUAGGCCUUCUACGCUCAGGAGCUUAUACGAGCUGACACAAAUAGGAGCAACUACAGAACAAAUGAACCUAAAUAAAUUAUCAAGAGUGUGUGUGUUAAUAGAAUUGUUAGAGCACAGACAAUUGAACAAAAGAUCACUGUUAAAAACCGAACAGAAUCUUAUAAGCUUGGUCGGAGUGAACAAUAAUGAAGAAUAAGUGACACAUGAAGUAUCGAAAAAAAACGACUUCAACAAUUAACAAUGAUAGAUAAUCAUUCGAAAUCAGCGCAAAACGCUGGUGACCCGCAAGUGAACAUCCUUAAUAAAUUAGAGGUACACGAAGAAUGGCAAAAAGACCACGAGUGGAAACUGUUGUGAUACUAUGCGUAGUGAGCUCGGGCUUUUAACUCAUCUCCAAGCUAAUAGAAAAUACAUCGGAGGACGCGUCCUGCUGCUCCAAGACCACGAGAUGUGUUCUGCAACCGAGAUGCUCCAAGGCCACGAGAUGUGUUCUGCAACCGAGAUGCUUCACUUCUUCUGUUGGUAUACUGGAUUUUCCACUUGGCUUAAGUGGAAGGUGCAUCAGGGCAAGAUGCCAGUUCAAUGUGACACCACUGGACCCGCUCCAACCGGAGCCGUAUGCGGGCUGCGUCUACUCGUUCUCCUGUUCCAGGACCUGUGGUUCCGGUGGAUCGCCCCGGAGGAUUUCCUAAUAGAGCUACUCCACUGGCACCGAUCGAGGUGGGCUCUGGCCGGCGUGCCAGGGCCGGCAACUUCUGACGACUGCGCCUUCCUAGAUCGGAAUCUAGGUUGGGAUGCGGCUGUGGUCGACGUGGGCCCGCCGCCCACCUUCUGGCACCGUUUGGGCAGAUACAUCCACCGUGGAUCCCGGUGGGUUGAUGACAUCCGCGCAAUAACCAACAUACCACUAGACGAGGCCAUUGCUAGGCUACAUCACUCGAUGUGGCCGUGAACCGUAUCACGACAUUACCAGUGUUAUAUUAACU